UCUACUCUCUCUCCUCCUUUUAGGUUUAGGGUUAGGGUUUCUCUUUUUCUCUUCUUCUUCUUCUUCUUCUUCAAUCUCCCUCAGCUCCUUUAUUUUAAUUUUUUCCGAAUCGAAACUCCUACGGACAAAAUAACCGAAGUGCCGGAGCCGCAACGACUUACGGCAUCGAUUCGUCCGACGAUUUGUGUUUCUGUUUGGUUUUCCUCGAUGAGCAGCUACUGAGAUACGCUCUUUGCUUUGUGGUUCUUGCUCGUUUACUCGCGUGGCCUGAAAUUGGGGGAACUGAUGAUGAUCUUCCACCAACACAUCAAAAUAGAAUUUCCAGGGGAGGAGGUGGAGGAGGAGGAGGUGGGGGACGUCUUGCCGGGAAUGGAAGAUCUGCUGUUGGUUCAAUUCCGUACCCUAGGAUGUAUGGGGAAAUUGAUAUGGAGACCCAAAUUCAUCAGCUUGAGCAAGAGGCUUACAGUUCAGUUUUAAGAGCUUUUAAAGCUCAAGCUGAUGCCAUCACUUGGGAGAAAGAAAGUUUGAUUACAGAGCUGAGAAAAGAGCUGAGAUUGUCGAAUGAGGAGCACAGAGAACUUCUUGGGCGAGUUAAUGCAGAUGAUGUGAUCCGGAGGAUAAGGGAGUGGAGACAGACGGGAGGCCAUCAGCCUGGUGUACUUAAUACUGGUCAAGGUCUUCAUGACUCGGUUCCCAGUCCCACAGUCUCUGCUUCUCGCAAGAAGCAGAAGAUUACACCAUCCGUACCAUCACGAUCUUUUGCCGGGCCUUCUCCCCCGUUUCACCCCCAAACAGUGAGUGCACCCCACCAACCAUCUUCUUCUGCAGCAAAACGAGGAUCUGUUCCUGGAUCAAAGGGAAAAAAACACAAACCAGGUCAAAUAUUACCUGGAGUCUCUUCGAUGAAGCAGUACCCUUCCACUGGACCAGGUGGAAGGACUCAAGUGCCAAAUAGAGCUGUCACGGGUGAGCAUGCAGAAGGAGCAUCAUUUGACUCUUUGGUUGGUAGGAGAGUGCGGACAAGAUGGCCUGAUGAUAAUAACUUUUAUGAAGCUGUUAUCACAAACUACAAUCCGGCUGAUGGACGCCAUAAUCUUGUCUAUGACAUGGGGAGCGCAAAUGAAACAUGGGAAUGGGUUAAUCUUUCAGAGAUAUCUCCUGAAGAUAUUCAGUGGGUUGGUGAGGAUCCAGGAAUCAAUCAUCGUGGGGGUUUUGGGGGCUCUGGUCAUGGGAUGAAUAGGUCAGUUGGACGGGAUGGUGUUCCUGGAGGUGGAAGAGGUAGGGGAGCUACAAAGGGGCAAUCCAGAAAAGAUUUUUUGUCAUCACAAAAUGGCAUAGGAAAGAAGGCGCCUGAUGAUAUACAAAUACUUCACACAGACACACUAAUCAAGGAGGUGGAGAGGGUAUUCAGUGCAAAUCAUCCUGAUCCCCUUGAAAUUGAGAAAGCAAAGAAGGUAUUGAAGGAUCAUGAGCAGGCUCUUAUUGAUGCAAUUGCAAGACUUAAUGAUCUUUCUGAUGGUGAAAGUGAUGGGGCUGGACACCAUUUCUCACAUGCUCAAUCAAUGGAUCGAGAGUGAUGAAGAAGACGUGUUACUUUGUACAAUGAGCAGAGGAGGCAAUGUGGUGCGAAAUUCUGGAAAAAAGGGUGUAUUACUCUUGUAUUAUGACAUAAAGAUUAUUACCCUCUCUAACAGUUUAUAGCUGUAGGCAUUAUCUAGGAUGGCAAAUAUUGUAGUUUGGUAAUAAUUAUUUAUUUCAGUUUGAAAGUUGACCUAGGACCAGCUGAUACUUGUAUAAUUCUAUCUCACUAGUGAUUAAUGUGUGGUAGUGUAUAAAUUCUUGUAUUUGAUGUGUCAAAUUGACCUUUGGAUCCAAA